AUGAGUGCUUGGAAAUAUAUAGUUGCUAUAAAUGCAGUUUUUGCUUUAUGUUUGACAAAUUGUUCUCAUUUGCCUGUGAAAUCCGAUAAAGCUGAAAGAUCUGGUUUUCAUGUAAAGAUUGUGCCAAACGAGUUCAUUGUUCAGUUCACUUCUCACUACUUUAAAAACGUUCGGGAGUCGUUUAUUAGGAAAAGACUAGUAAAAACAAACGUAACGGACUGGUCAAUUGAAUCUCGUCGCAGCGGAACUGGCGUGAAUCUUCCCAGUGACUUUGAUGUUAUACAUGUAUUUGACAAUAACGAACUUUUAGUACACCAUGCUUUGAAUUUGGUGAGAGGACAUCCCUCUGUUAAAGCUGUAGUUCACCAGCGCAGUGUUCGGCGAUUACUGACUUAUACAUACCAUAGUAACAGUAGCUUUAUUUUAAAUAAUCGAAGUCCAAAAGGCGUUGCUCGAAAAAAAACAGCAAAGAAAGUAGAUCAGCAAUACGUGACAGAAGCUCUGCAUGCGGACAUCCUUUGGAACUUGGGAAUCACAGGAAGAGGAGCUAAAGUGGCUAUAUUUGAUACGGGCUUGACGCAAAAUCAUCCACAUUUCCGAAAUGUGAAGGAAAGAACCAACUGGACUAAUGAAAAAUCGUUGGAUGACGCAGUGAGUCAUGGGACUUUUGUAGCUGGUGUAAUAGGUGCUUCCGAAGAAUGUCCUGGGCUGGCCCCAGACGCUGAGCUUCAUAUAUACAAAGUUUUUACAAAUUCCCAGGUUUCCUAUACUUCGUGGUUUCUAGAUGCAUUCAACUACGCAAUAUACAGAAAAGUAGAUAUAGUUAAUUUAAGUAUUGGUGGUCCGGAUUUUAUGGACUCUCCUUUCGUUGAAAAGGUUUUAGAAUUAUCAGCUAACAAUAUUAUAAUGAUUUCGGCAGCUGGUAAUGAUGGGCCCUUAUUUGGUACUCUUAAUAAUCCCGGAGACCAAAGCGAUGUAAUAGGAGUAGGAAGCAUAAAUUUUGAUGACAAAAUAGCAAGAUUUAGUUCAAGGGGAAUGACUACUUGGGAGCUUCCUCUUGGUUAUGGAAGAGCAGGUCUAGAUAUUGUUACAUAUGGCAGUCAAGUGGCGAGUAGUGACGUGCAUUCGGGUUGCCGUCGGCUGUCAGGUACUUCAGUGUCUUCACCGGUUGUUGCGGGAGUGGCAGCUCUACUUAGGAGCGGAGCAUAUCAUAAAAGGCAUUUGAUUAAUCCAGCAUCAUUGAAGCAAGUUAUAAUAGAAGGAGCUGAAAAAUUACCAAAUUAUAGCAUGUUCGAGCAAGGCCAAGGGAAACUUAAUUUGCUAAGGAGUAUGCAGCUCUUAUUGGCUUACAAACCAAAAGUUUCUUUUGUUCCAUCUUCACUCGAUUUUACUUCAAGCUUUAUGUGGCCAUAUAGUAGCCAGGAUUUAUUUUAUGGAAGCACGCCGGUCAUUGUAAAUGUUACUAUCCUCAAUGGAGUAUCCGUCAUGGGAAAGGUUGUUCGCAAGCCUAAAUGGAUCCCUGACCCAGAUAGUUAUGGAUCCUUCCUGAACAUUUCAGCUUCUUAUUCGAAUGUAAUUUGGCCAUGGACAGGUUGGAUGUCUGUUUAUAUUGCUGUAAGCAGCGAGGCGGAGGAUUUCGAGGGCAUAGGCAAGGGACGUUUAAUUUUAUUAGUUGACACAUAUCCUUUUGGGACGAACAAGGCGUAUCGGGCUGAAGUAAAUUUGUUCCUGACAAUUAAAAUAAUACCGAAACCACCACGGAAUAAAAGAAUAUUAUGGGACCAGUAUCACAACUUAAGAUAUCCUCCUGGCUAUAUACCACGAGACAAUUUAAAAAUUAAGACUGAUCCACUUGAUUGGAGAGCAGAUCACGUCCAUACAAAUUUUCGAGACGCUUACAUACAUUUACGAAACUCAGGAUAUUACAUUGAUGUUUUAAGGCAACCAUAUACCUGCUUUGACCCAUUAGAAUAUGGAGCAUUAUUGAUUGUUGAUCCAGAAGAAGAAUUUUUUGAUGAAGAAAUCAAGCAUUUGGAACAUUAUGUUUAUGAAAAAGGAUUAGGUCUUAUUGUAUUUGCUGAUUGGUAUAACACAACUGUCAUGAGACACAUUAAGUUUUUCGACGAAAAUAGCAGACAAUGGUGGAUCCCUGAUACUGGUGGCUCUAAUAUUCCGGCAUUAAAUGAUCUCUUAAGACCAUUUGGUGUAUCAUUCGGAGAUUUCGUGGGAGAAGGAUAUUUUAAAUUGGGCGAUCAUUCAAUGUAUUAUGCUAGCGGUGCAACACUUCACAGCUUUCCAAAGAAUGGGCACGAUGGUGUGGUCGUCGGAGCUAAUUUAAUAGACCAAGGAUUAGGGAUUAUUACUAAUAGUAAAGCGUCAAACUUGGAGUCAAAACAUUCCGUUCCAAUACUGGGAUUAUUUCAAACAAGUCUUAACAGUCGACAACCUUUUCAAGAUUCCUAAUGCCCGCCGAUAUUAA